AUGGUGAAGCUGAACAGUAACCCCAGCGAGAAGGGCAGCAAGCCGCCUUCGGUGGAGGAUGGCUUCCAGACCGUCCCUCUCAUCACCCCCCUGGAGGUUAAUCACUUACAGCUGCCUGCUCCGGAGAAGGUGAUCGUGAAGACAAGAACGGAAUAUCAGCCGGAACAGAAGAACAAAGGGAAGUUCCGGGUGCCGAAAAUCGCCGAGUUUACGGUCACCAUCCUUGUCAGCCUGGCCCUAGCAUUCCUCGCCUGCAUCGUGUUCCUGGUGGUUUACAAAGCCUUCACCUAUGACCACAGCUGCCCAGAAGGAUUUGUCUAUAAGCACAAGCGCUGCAUCCCAGCCUCCCUGGACGCCUACUACUCCUCCCAGGACCCCAACUCCAGAAGCCGCUUCUACACAGUCAUCAGCCACUACAGCGUGGCCAAGCAGAGCACCGCCCGGGCCAUCGGGCCGUGGCUGUCGGCGGCUGCUGUCAUCCAUGAGCCCAAACCACCCAAGACCCAGGGCCAUUAG